CAGAGGACUGCUCUGCACAUUGCACACUGCCCGCCGACUGUAGAUGAGAAGCCAUUCUUUCCACAAACAGACCCCUGUGGGACGUUAGGGAGAGGGAAGAUAUCCCCCCCCAUCUGCUCAUCUGAACUGUAAACAGGGAUCAGCGUCUCUUCUCUAACAAGACUUGAUGAAGUAGGGUGCAGAAGAGGGGAAAGACCUACCCACUUCUCACACAAGUACACUUUGCUUUGGUUCAAAAAUUCAUCCAGCCACAGCAGAAUGUUUAAAAAAGUCACCCAAUCCAUAGUAAAUCAAAUGGAUCCAAGAGGAGACCUGGUCCCGGUUCACAGCAUCUUAGACCAUGAACAUUUCAGACCCCUCUGUCUAGUGAAAAGAAAAAGAAAAACCAUAUUCCAGCCAUCUCCCUGCUACAGACAGACAUGGUACACACUCAACGACAUGCUGCUGCCUGGAGAAGACAACAGAAGCACAGAGUCCCUCUUUCCCAAGGGAGACGGUCAAGAUUCAAGGCAAUUUACAAUCAAAAAAAGUGUCAGUGACAGAGUUGAUGGGAGUCUAAGCCUUCGUGUCGACUCUGCAAGUGUAGAGCUGAAAGGAGUUGCCUCCUUGUCCAAAGAGUGGUCCAUCAAGCUGGAGAAGAACCACAUAUCAAUACCAAAACUCGAGGCACUGAAAACAGAAAGAAAAAUGAAUGCGAAUCACUCCUUUAUUCAACAACUACAGAAAAAACAACAAAAUUUAUAUGUGGUUCAUGAAACGUUAGAAGCCUCAGAGGAGACCAGCUACGAGGAAUCCAUUAAGGCAGAGGGGAGCUUCAUGACCAAGCUUCAAGCCAAGUUUUGUGCAAAGGGCACCCGAGAGAACAGACAAGGCAUAACUAUACCCAAGGGCUGCACCCUGGCAUUCAGGGCAAUCCAGCUGACCAUUACAGAUGGAUCAUGGGAUCUUCAAUAUUUCCCAGAAUCUUCCAGAAUGUUUGUAUGUGAUGGUUCCUCACAAGGAAAAUUACACAGACUGCAGGUAGAAGUUAAAGAUACUUGUCAAAUUUUCUCCAAGCUGUCUUCUGAUCUGUUCGUCGUAUUUUUAAAAGCCAUCAAAGCUGUGAUGAGAGACAGGAACCUCUUUGAAGAGCUGACCCACAAAAUGGAAGCAGUUCUUGAUGAAACCGGUAGUUGUGAGCUGAAAACAGAAAGCCCAGACUUAAAAGACCUGUUGAGCAGCUUACAGGAUUCUUCAAGACAUCUUCUCCUUAAGCUGGCAGAAGCAAUCACCUACACUCUUGAUGCGUUAGAUGAGCUAACAGAAGAUCAGCUGCUGCUGUUGCUAGAGUCCUUGGAAGAGAAGAUUGUGUCCCAACAGCUUAAGCUGGUUGAGAGCAUCUUGGAACACGACAUGGAAGACAGAGAGGAGCAUUUCAGUGUGGAUGCCAGCUUGCUCUCCUUCUCACAAGAGAGGGAACAAAAAUUAACCAUUGCAAUGGUCGAGAUGAGUGGAGUCAAGCUCCAGAAAGACGGAUCAGUUGUCUGUACAAAAGCCUUCUUCGCCGUAGCAGCCCUGUAUGUGUCUCUAUAUGUCCUCGACCUUUUGAGUAACUCAGAUUAGGUUAUACAUGUCCUCCCAUUAGGGAGGAUUUAAAGGUAAUCACUCGAUAAUGUAUUUGAAAGUCUCUUCCUGCAAGCCAGUUUCUCUCUGCAGACUUUACCCCUACAUAGGCCAGGCAUUCCUCACCGCCACUCACUCUACACAGAUGAGUGCUGCUUUGAAAUGAGUAGGAAAAGCAGACUUAAGGCAAGAAAACUCCUUGUAGAAGCCAGAAGCUAGAUACCAAAAUUGAUUUUUCAUUCCCCCCAUACAAAUGCAGAGUGCCAUCUGAAAAAUCCACCAGCCCAAAUAAUCGCAAGCCUGUCAGCUGCGCUUUGCGUGAUACUGGUUCUCAUAAAACAUGCUAGCACACAGCCACUCAUGCAGCCAGUAAGGAACAAAGGAAUACCUCAGCAAUAAUUCACUUACCCUGGUCACACCUGUGAUUCACGUGUGACUCAGUAAGCUGGGAAGCGUUAGAAAGCUGAGGGAUCUCACAGCAUUUUAAUGACACACACCUGGUGAAACAGCACCUCCAUCACAA